AUGCCGCUGCCAACCGAUUCCCACGACAUCCGCACAACUGGAUUCGUCCAUCAUGGGAGAUCUUGUCUGAGUAUUGCUUCUACUAUAUCAGACGAUAUUGAUAGCAGCAAUCAUCGUCUCGAGGCCAACAGUGAAUCGUUUGGAUGCAAUGACGAGGAAUUUGAAGAUUGGAUUCGAAACGAAUUGUGUCACAACAAUACCGACCAAGCUCUGUGUCGAGCCUAUCCAACACUCUUUCAAGACUUGCCCCCCCGUGCCAUUGGCCAAUGGCGUCAACGGUAUCGAGGCAACCCGACGCUGUGGCGUCGUCUCUUCAAAAAGGAACGCGUCCUGAAGGAAUUCAUUGAAGCCGUCCCCAUUCUCGAUUGGAUUGCGUGGCCCAUGCAGAAUCAACAACAACCCAAGGAACAUCAUAUUAGCUGGGAACACAUUUACGGGACCGUACCAUCUUCCAACAACAACAACAACAACAACAAUACUACUACUACAUGUACUAAUAAUAAUACAAUCUACCAAGAUCUCUGGCCCAUUCCACUCGUGACAUCCAAGCAACAAGAUCUCAAACAAUCCUGCAAUCAUCGGACGUUGCACAAACGAUUCUUUUCCCAAGCGGACGGACAUGUUCUGGUCUUGGCGGUUCACUUACUUGUGUGGCUGGGACACUGUCGCUCAUCAAGGCCGUGGAGUUAUUUCCCAACAAUCCCGAUAGUAUUGCCUUUUUGGCGCUCAAACCGUGUUGUUUGCCACCCAACCCCAACGCGACGAAACCUUCUUUGUGGGCAUUCCUUUCCCGCUCGUUUGGUCUGCGCCAAUGGUAAAUUCAAAGGCAAGCAAUGCUCCGGACCACCCCGAUGGCAUCUUCAACACAAGUUUGAAACCUGGGCCGAACACUUGUUUCUCGGUGUCAACAGUAGUAGUAUGGAAGAUACUACCCAAGCGGCACGGGUCCGUGUCAAGGUGCAAACCGAGGGAGGCUACCAAAAUGCAUUCAUCUUUGCACAACGAACACCCAUUACGGACCGUGUUUGGAACCGGCUCGGGAAGAAUCAAGUGGCGUCCUUUCUUUCGGACCGCAACCACAACCACAACCACAACAAAACCUUGACAACCAUAUGA